AUGUCAGUGGUGGCCGCUGUGAGCAACUCUGCCUCCUUCUUGACUUCUCUAUGGAAAAACCAAGUGAUUGUGCAUGAGACUAGCCGGGUGCUUUGGCCCUGGGCUCCCCAGAUGAAGGGCUUGAGGCUGGCGCUGCUGCCAGGACCUUCCUGUGUCCGGUCGGGGAUCAUGCUGGUGUUGCUACUGAGUUUCCUGCCAAGCCUGUACUGUGACCUGGGAUCAGUAUAUUACUCCUCCUAUGAAAUCGUCAUCCCCAAGAGUCUGACGGCUGAGGGAAGCGAUGCCCCAGUGGAAAAGGCAUCCUACGUGAUAUUUAUGCAGGGCCAGAAGCAGCUGAUUCACCUGACGGUGAAGAGAGACUACUUCGUGACGAGCUUUCCAGUCUUCAGCUACCACGGUGGCAUUCUGAGGCAAGAAAUGCCUUUCCUCCCGCACGACUGUCACUAUGAAGGCUACAUACAAGGAGUCCCAGGUUCUUUUGUUUCUGUCAACACCUGUUCAGGCCUGAGGGGCAUCCUCGUUAAGGAGGCAAAAUCCUACGGCAUUGAGCCCGUGAACUCUUCAAAACGGUUUGAACACGUGCUGUACACCGUGGCACAUCGAGCUCGAGUCUCCUGCAGUGUCCCUUCCAGAGACAACCCAGUGGUGUUUAGCAGCCGGCGACAAGGGAGCAGGAAGCCUGGCAGUGUACAGGUGCCGUCCUACCUGUGGUCGCACACCAAGUACGUGGAGAUGUUCGUCGUGGUCAACAACCAGCGGUUCCAAAUGUGGGGCAGUAACGUCAAUGACACGGUCCAGAGAGUGGCGGACAUCGUUGCUCUGGCCAACAGCUUCACUAGGGGAAUUAACACACAGGUGCUGCUGGCUGGAAUGGAGAUUUGGAGCGAGGGGGACCUCGUAGAGGUCCCAGUGGACCUGCAAGUUACACUCAGCAAUUUCAAUAGCUGGAGACAGGAGAAGCUCCUCCGUCGCGUGAAGCACGAUGUCGCCCACAUGAUUGUUGGACAACGUCCUGCGGAGGGCAUGGGGCAGGCAUUUCUCAGUGGUGCCUGUUCAAGUGGCUUUGCAGCAGCUGUCGAAUCCUUCCAUCACGAAGAUGUCCUCCUGUCUGCGGCGCUCAUGGUCCAUGAGCUCGGGCACAACUUGGGUAUUCAGCACGACCACUCGGCCUGCAUUUGUCAAGACGGACACUUUUGCCUCAUGCAUGAAAAUAUCUCUAAGGAAAGUGGCUUCAGCAACUGCAGCUCUGACUACUACUACCAGUUCCUCCGGGAACACAAAGGGGCCUGCCUAUUUAACAACCCUCAGCACAAAGGCCGGCUGCGUAGGAAUGCUGUGUGUGGAAAUGGUGUGGUGGAGGACGAUGAGCAGUGUGACUGUGGCAGUGAGUGUCAGCAUUCCCAGUGCUGUGAUGAUACAUGUAUGCUGACGGCGAAUGCAAAAUGUGGUAGUGGUCCUUGCUGUCGUGUGACAUGUGAAUUUGAAUUAGAGGGAGUCUUGUGCCGUCCUGCUUUGGGAGAGUGCGACCUCCCAGAGUAUUGUGACGGUUCCUCUGAUAAAUGCCCCACAGAUAGGUACAAGCAAGAUGGCACAUCAUGUGAUAGAAAUUUCUAUUGUUUUCAUGGUAUAUGUGGGAAUCCUGAUAAACAAUGCACACAUCAUUUUGGGAUGUCUGCAAGGUCUGCCCCAGAUCCUUGUUAUCGUUUGAUAAACAGCAAAGGGGACCGAUUUGGAAACUGUGGCCUUCCUGACUCGAAUAAUUCAGAAUAUGUUAAGUGUUCAGAUGACAAUAUAUUUUGUGGGAAAAUUAUAUGUACAAAUGUUAAAGACCUGCCACAAAUAAAACCCCAUUACACAAUGAUUCAGAUUCCUCAUGGCAAUGGCCACUGCUGGAGCAUGGAUGCCUACAACACUACUGAUAUCUCUGAUGAGGGAGAUGUCCACACGGGCACUCUCUGUGCCCCUAACAAAGUCUGCAUGAAUUAUUCCUGCACUGAUUAUACCGUGCUCAACUAUGACUGCAAUCCAGUGAUAAUGUGUAAUGGGAAAGGAGUAUGCAACAAUUUAAAGCACUGCCAUUGUGAGGCUGGCUAUGCGCCCCCUGACUGUAAAACCUUUGGUCAUGGGGGUAGUGUGGACAGUGGUCCUCCUGGUAAGCCAAAUGGAGACAAGCCAGAUAACAGUCAACAUCUGAAUGAUACCAUUUCUGUCAGACAUGAAAAAAUCUUAGAUCGUAUGAUAUCUUUAUUAUUUUUACUUUUUAUCAUAUUAUUAGCAAUUAUAAUCAUUUGCUUAUAUAUCAAUUGUAAAAGUCCAGCAGCAGAGUCCAUAAAAAAAGGUCCUGCAGAGGCUGUAGAAAAGCCCUCGGUAAUACAACCUGGAGUGGCUGCCCCAGAAGAGGCUGUCCCAAAGGAUGCUGCCCCAGAAGAGGCUGCCCCAGAAGAGGCUGCCCCAAAAGAAGCUGCCCCAGAAGAGGCUGCUCCAGCAGAGGCUGCCCCAGCAGAGAUGCCUGGAGAGGGUAAGGAAGUGAAAGGAGAAAUUGAAGAACCAGAAGCAUAA